CAUGAAGCUGAGAGGACUGAAGUGAACUCGAAAAUAAACAAAGAGCAGCGAUGAGCAUCUGUUGCAGCCGCGCCUGAUAAGACAUGUCAGGGAAAGUUGUUGUGGUGUUCGCACUGCUGGUUGCACUGCUCGUGUGUGGCGCUGCUUCCUCACCUGAAUCCCCUGCAGCUGGAGAGGUUACAGAGUCUCACACACUACGGCAGCUCCUGGCCAAGAAGGAGAAAGGGAGAGGCUCGACUCACAGACAGGAGCUGGCGCCUCAGACUCACACUGCACGGAUGGAGAGACGGGCACACCUUUCAGAGGACGAACGAGAGAUUAUGACCAAACAAAUAAUGCAAGCAAUUUCAGAGAUGAUGAACUCUGAGUGCAUGUCAGAUCGGGACUACCAGGGCUGGGUGGACUUCGGACGCCGGGACGCAGAAUGAGACACAACAGUGACAACAGCAACGACCUGAGAGCUCAGCCUGCUUUUUCUUCAGAUUUUAUGUACAGGAAAUGUUUUACUGUCCCUUGAACUUUAUAAAUAAACUA